AUGGCUAUAUUUGCCCCCGAAAUGCGAAAUGGCCUCGACGCUGUUGCCGUCAACGGCGUGCCUUCGACAAAUUUUGUCAACGGAAACGGCAAUCUUAAAAGCCGCCUAAAGCUAGAUCGUAAGGCAUCGAGCCCUAUGAUGCCUGCCUUCAUGGUUUCAGCGCCUGGCAAGGUUAUUGUCUUUGGAGAGCAUGCUGUUGUUCACGGCAAGGCCGCAAUCGCUGCCGCUAUUUCCCUGCGAUCCUAUCUCCUCGUCACCUCGUUGUCCAAAUCAAGGAGAACAGUGUCUUUGCGCUUCCCAGACAUCGACUUGCACCACACCUGGAAUAUUGACGAACUGCCCUGGGCAACUUUCCAGCACCCCUCCAAGAAGAAGUCCUAUUACGACCUGGUAACAGAGCUCGACAAAGAUCUGGUCGAAGCUAUCCAGCCGCAUCUCGCUGAAGUCUCAACACACAAGUCUGACGAGGUGCGAAAAGUGCACCAAAAUUCUGCCUCGGCGUUUCUCUACAUCUUCCUCUCGCUGGGUCACCAGUCUUUUCCCGGAUGCCUGUACACAUUGCGGUCAACAAUCCCUAUAGGCGCUGGCUUGGGCAGCAGCGCGUCGAUUGCCGUCUGCUUGGCAGCGGCUCUUCUCCUGCAGCUACGCACCUUGUCGGGCCCACACCCCGAUCAACCCCCUGACGAGGCAAGACUGCAAGUGGAGAGAAUCAAUAGAUGGGCUUUUGUAUGUGAAAUGUGCAUACACGGAAAUCCUUCAGGCGUGGACAAUACCGUUGCGACCCAGGGCAAGGCCGUCGUUUUCCAACGAACAGAUUACAACAAGCCCCCUGCCGUGCGCCCACUCUGGGACUUCCCUGAGCUCCCUCUGCUGCUUGUCGACACCAAACAGGCCAAAUCAACCGCCUUCGAAGUCGCCAAGGUCGCAAAGUUGAGAACCGCACACCCCAAGCUUGUCGGGAGCAUUCUUGAUGCCAUCGAUAAGGUUACGAAUACGGCCGACGGCCUCAUUGGCGCUGAUGCCUUCGAUAACAAGAGCGAACAAAGCCUUCAGGAGGUGGGAGAGCUCAUGACCAUCAACCACGGACUGCUAGUCUCGUUGGGUGUGUCGCAUCCACGCCUUGAGCGGAUACGAGAGUUGGUGGACCACGAGGGCAUUGGAUGGACGAAGCUGACUGGUGCUGGCGGCGGCGGCUGCUCCAUCACGCUCCUCAAGCCAGAUGUGCCUAAAGAGAAGCUCGGGCGGCUGGAAAGCCAGCUCGAGGAAGAGGGCUACGAGAAGUUUGAAACGACUCUUGGCGGUGACGGUGUCGGUGUUCUCUGGCCGGCUGUACUCAAGAACGGCAUGGACGAGGACAACGAAGGCGGAAUGGAGAUUGAUGUCGACAGUUUCUUAAACGCAGACGGCAACGAAGGUGUGGAAAAGCUCGUAGGUGUUCAUGGCGGUGCAGGUGAGAGGGAGGGCUGGAAGUUCUGGAGGGUGGAAAGUCGGUGA